AUGGCCGAACAAUCAACGCUGCGCCAAUCGGCCGCAGAAGAGGCCAUCGCUGCCUUCUUCGAGAAAUACUCGACCCUUAUUCGUACCCGCCUCCGGAAUACGUCCCGCACAACCCGUCUGCUCGGCACCCUCGCCUUCGCCGCCUCCAUCAUUCUCAGCGCUGCGGGAGGCAGACGCUGGUGGAGGCAGCGCCGGGAGGAGAAGGAACAGGGCCGCAAACUCGUCCGCACGAACUCGUGGUUGCACAACAAAGAUGGCUCGCGCACGAUAUACGUCCCUUAUAAAGACGGCACCUCCAAAGUUGUCAUCCAGACGACAAAGCCGCUGACUUUCGAGGCGCAUCGCCGACUCUUCCUUAACCCGCCGCGGGUGUCCGGGCUCGGCGAUGGCACCGUGCCCUCGGCGCAGACGAAACCCGGGCUGAACCUGGCCUUCCUGCACCAGUUCCUUAGUUUGAUGAGCAUCAUGAUCCCGAGAUGGUCGAGCAAGGAGGCCGGCCUGCUUUUGAGUCACAGUGUAUUCUUGAUGCUCCGGACAUAUCUGUCCCUUGUCGUCGCCCGGCUUGAUGGUGAGAUCGUGCGCGACCUUGUCGCUGGGCAGGGGAGGGCGUUCCUCUGGGGACUCGUAAAGUGGUGCGGUCUCGGCGGGUUUGCAUCAUACACCAAUGCGAUGAUCAAGUUCCUCGAGUCCAAGGUGUCCAUCGCUUUCAGGACCCGCCUCACCCGGUACAUCCACGACCUCUACUUGAAUAACAAUCUGAACUAUUACAAGCUGUCUAAUUUGGACGGCGGCGUCGGCCAGGGCGCUGAUCAGUUCAUCACGCAAGAUCUGACACUGUUUUGCGCUGCGGCCGCGAACCUGUACUCGUCGCUGGGCAAGCCGUUUGUCGACCUUUGCGUGUUCAACUACCAGCUCUUCCGCUCCCUCGGUCCGCUGGCUCUCACCGGCCUGCUGAGCAACUAUUUCCUGACAGCGAGCAUUCUGCGUCGGCUUUCGCCGCCCUUCGGCAAGCUCAAGGCGGUGGAGGGCCGUAAGGAGGGUGACUUCAGGAGCCUGCACGCGCGCCUGAUCGCCAAUGCCGAGGAGAUUGCGUUUUACGGUGGUGCCGACAUGGAGAAGCAAUUCCUCAACAAGGAAUUCAAGUCUCUCAAGAACUGGAUGGAGGGCAUCUACAUGCUCAAGAUCCGCUAUAACAUGCUCGAGGACUUCAUCCUCAAAUACAGCUGGAGUGCCUACGGUUACCUGCUGUCGUCGCUGCCGGUGUUCCUUCCGGCGUGGGGUGGCCUGGGUGGCGCUGCCGAGCUGGCACAGAAUGCCCCCAAGGGCAGCCGAGAGCGCGGUCGUAUGAAGGAGUUCAUCACCAACAAACGUCUCAUGCUCUCGCUGGCAGAUGCCGGCGGCAGGAUGAUGUACUCCAUCAAGGACCUGUCCGAGCUGGCCGGCUACACCAGCCGAGUCUACACGCUGAUCUCGACGCUUCACAGAGUUCACGCCGAUGCCUACUUCCUUCGUGGACAACAAAAUGAGCUGUACUCGCUUUCGGAUGUUCAGGGAACUAUCCAGAAGGGAUUUGACGGCGUCCGGUUCGAAAAUGUGCCUGUUGUUGCUCCAGCGCUGUGGCCCACGGGCGGCGAGGAGCUGAUGGAGUCGCUCUCUAUGGUGGUCAGGAGAGGAGAGCACCUUCUCAUCUCCGGCCCCAAUGGUGUGGGAAAGACGGCAAUUGCUCGCAUUCUUGCAGGGCUGUGGCCAGUGUAUCGGGGUCUUGUCAGUCGGCCCAAGGACAUCGGCCAGGACGGCAUCAUGUUCUUGCCGCAAAGACCAUACCUCAGUAUUGGUACGCUCCGUGACCAGGUCAUCUACCCAGAUGGCCAUCACGACAUGCGUGAGAAGCGGAAGUCCGAAGACGACCUCAAGCGCAUCUUGGAGGACGCUCGCCUCGGCUACCUCCCUGAUCGCGAAGGCGGCUGGGACACCCGCAAGGAGUGGAAAGACGUCCUUAGUGGUGGCGAGAAGCAGCGCAUGGGCUUUGCUCGUGUGCUGUACCACGAGCCACAGUUUGCCAUUCUCGACGAGGGAACCAGCGCCGUGUCUCAGGACGUCGAGGGCUUGCUUUACGAGGUGUGCAAGGAGAAGGGCAUCACCCUCAUCACCAUAUCGACACGCGCUUCGCUCAAAAAGUACCACACGUACAACCUUAUCCUCGGAGGGGGCGAGCGCGGUGACGAGUGGGAGUUUGAGAGAAUCGGAACGGAGCGAGAGAAGAUGCAAGUCGAGAAGGAGCUCCAGGAUCUCCGAGAACGCCUCGAGCAGGUGGAGACGUGGAAGGCAAGACGGCAGGAAAUUGAGGAAGAGCUCUCUCGUGUGUGGGUGGCUGGCGGCGACGAUUUGGACCCCCCUUCAUAUGCCGCCAGUGAGAGCGACUCGGCGAAGAGCAAGGGUAAGGAGACGGCAUCGCUACAAGACUUGCAGGGUGAUGCUUGA